CCCGCGGCCCGCGGUUCGGGAUGCUGCCCGCCCGUGCAGUGGUUCGCGCGCCGCCGGCCACCCCUGUCCUUGCCUCCUGGGCUGUGCCCCUCGGUUUACAUGCCGGUGGAGCCUCCGGCCGCUCCGCGCCCCUCCGAACCCCGGCUCCCCGAGGGUGAAGCCAGCUGCCCUGCAGAAGUGGACUGGUCUCUCAGACCGGAGGCUCCGGACUCAUCCUCGAUUGCUACGCCGCCGUCUCCGCCACCGCCACCAUCUGGGCGGGAUCCGGCUCUGGGUUUUUUUGGGGAGGGGUUGUGGUGUUAGGAAAGGAAUCCUGGGGGUUUCUGGUCCCCCUUCCUCCUUGUAUUUUUGGCUUUUGGGGCUUCAGACUCAGGGAACUCGCUCAUGGCUUUCUUGAUGAAGAAGAAGAAAUUCAAAUUCCAAACCACUUUCACUCUGGAGGAGCUGACGGCAGUCCCCUUCGUGAACGGGGUCCUCUUCUGCAAAGUCCGGCUGCUGGAUGGCGGGGAUUUCGUCAGCUUGUCGUCCAGGGAGGAGGUGCAGGAGAACUGCGUGCGGUGGCGGAAGAGGUUCACCUUUGCCUGUAAGAUGAGCGCCAACCCAGCGACCGGCCUGCUGGACCCCUGCAUCUUCCGGGUGUCUGUGCGCAAGGAGCUGAAAGGUGGGAAGGCUUAUUCCAAGCUGGGCUUUGCCGACUUGAACCUGGCUGAGUUUGCAGGCUCAGGCUCCACUGUGCGCUGCUGCCUGUUGGAGGGAUAUGACACGAAAAACACGCGCCAGGACAACUCCAUCCUCAAGGUCACCAUUGGCAUGUUCCUGCUCUCUGGAGACCCCUGCUUCAAGACGCCACCGUCCACUGCCAAGUCCAUCUCCAUCCCGGGCCAGGACUCCUCCCUACAACUGACAUGUAAAGGUGGUGGCACCAGCAGUGGUGGCGGCGGCAGCACCAACUCUCUGACUGGGUCCCGGCCCCCCAAGGCCCGGCCCACCGUCCUGGCCUCAGGGCUGCCGGAGGAGCCAGACCAGAGCCUGUCCAGCCCUGAGGAGGUAUUCCACUCAGGCCAUUCCCGCAACUCCAGCUAUGCCAGCCAGCAGUCCAAGCUCUCCAGCCAUAGCACGGAGCACUCGCGCUCCUCCAGCCUGUCCGACUUGACACACCGCCGCAACACAUCCACUAGCAGCAGUGCCUCUGGUGGCCUCAGCAUGGCUGUGGAGGGCCCUGAGGGCACUGAGCGGGAGCACCGGCCCCCCGAGAAGCCACCUCGGCCACCGCGUCCCCUGCAUCUGUCAGACCGCUCAUUUCGGCGAAAGAAGGACUCAGUGGAGAGCCACCCGACCUGGGUGGAUGACACACGAAUCGAUGCCGAUGACAUCGUGGAGAAGAUCAUGCAGAGCCAGGACUUCACCGACGGCAGCAACACCGAGGACAGCAACCUCCGGCUCUUCGUGAGCCGUGACGGCUCCACCACACUGAGCGGCAUUCAGCUGGCCAACAGGGUCUCCUCUGGGGUCUACGAGCCAGUGGUGAUUGAAAGCCAUUGAGAGCGCAGAGUGCAGCUGGAGAAGGCCCUGCUGUCUCGGCUGCCCCGGCCUGCAUCAUUCCAGGACGAACAGGAGCCUGCCUUUCGGAUCCAUGCCGCCUCGCAUCUGUGCCUCCUCUACGUACUCCAGCCUACCCCUGUCCCGAAAGUGUCAUUCCAUUGUCCUAUCCACCCCAGGACCACAGGGCCUGGGUGCCACUGUGAAUAUCCUCUGAACCACUAGAAGGCAGGGGGCAAGACAGAGCUGGCCAGGAGAUGGAUCUGGCCUUGGACGAGGACGCGUGGGAGCUCCUCCACUUUGGGGUGCUCAUGCCUGAGGGCGCCUCUUGCCCCUGCCACCUGCCUACUCCAGGAGCACCCGCUUCCACCAGGUUGUCACGGCCUUGCUCCGUUGCCCCUUGCCCUUGAGGGGCUGGAUCACUCCUAGAAUCCUGCCACCUGUGACCCUCUGCUUAGUGCUUCAGCUGUCCCUUCCCUAUGUCCUGGGGGGACCCGCUGGCGGCCUCCUCCUAGGAACCAAGACCUCAGACCCCACCCUACUCCAGACUGAGACGCCACCUCCCUUAUCGAAUGUUGUCCUGCUGCCCAGGCAGCCUGCACUUUGCACAUGCUUGUCCUUAGCACACAGUCCCACUGGCCCCUGCCCUGUCCCCUCUCCCCAUUCCCUGGGACUCCCGAGUGCCGCCUGCUGUGCAGCCAGGCCUAGGGUCCACAGCCCCGGCUGGUACGCGGUGCUGCCCAGCUCUGCAGUUAACCCCAGCUCAGGACCAAGAGCAGAACCUAGCAAGGCCUGAGUGUCAUAGUGCCAUCUGCCCAGGGCUGGGACCUGAGCAGCUGGUCUUCCUGCAGGAAGGAAGAAGCCUAGCUGGGCUGGGCAAGCAAAGCCCCCUUCCUCUGCCCUCGGGUCAGCAAGCACGGGCUGGGGCCCAGACUAGAGAGGCGGCGGUGGGCUGUGACUGGAAAGGCCGGAGCUGGCUUCCUGCUACUGGACAGGCCUCAGCCCUCUACUGGAUGCACCUCCCACUUCUGGGCAAGGAAAGGGGUCCCCAAAGGGGCAUGUGUGCCCUGGGGAGCAGUCUGACCCUUCCCCCCCUCCCAGCCUUUCCCUUUGCUAAAGCCCUCACCCCCAGCACUUUCUCCAUCCUGUAACUUGCUUGAAGGAGGGUUCUGGCCGCUAGCCAAGCCCUGGACAGACUCCCUCCCUUUAAGUUUCAUUUGUCUCAACCAGCAGGCUGGUGUUCCUUUGCCCCACAGGCUUGCUUUAUUAUUUUUUUCUCUUUUUUUUUUUUAAGUUCACAGCUCUGUAUCUCCUCCUCUCCCAGUGAGAGAAGGGGCAUCUUGUUCUCCACCCUACCUGCUGGCUGGGUCCCAGCGGGGCUGGGGAUUGACGACUUCACGAGUUUGUUCUCUGGGUAAGGGGUGACUGGCCUCCCCAGGAUGGGAGGUUCUUUGCCCUGUCCCUGUCUGUCUGCCCCAGCCAGCAAGAGUUGGGGUUUGUGGUCUUGGAACUCCCUGGUGUUGGGACCAGAACAUUUCUAGAUUCUGUUGUUGCCACGGUUUUGAUCACUCAUUAACUCUUAGAAAAUGAAUGUUAGAAGGUGCUACUGAGGCAGAGCAGAACAUGGGCUCUGGCUGGGGAAGAUGAUGGUCAGCUCAGAGUCCCUUCCUGCCCAGCAGGUACUGGCACUUUAAAGGAAGCUGGUCUCAAUGUCUCCAGAUGAGGUGACCGCUAAAGUUGGGGGAACAUGGCCAUUCCCUUUGGUAUCCAUGACCUCACCCAGCUCAGGGGGGCGGUGGCAGCCAGGAUAUUGAUUCAAUGCUCUGAGCACAAUGAAGCUCACUUUGGCAUUAUCAGGAAGACUCCCCCAAACCAGUAGCCCCACCCCCCACCCAAGUCAAGGUCUGAGCUCAACAGUCACCCCAGAAGGAGACGGAGCCUACCCCAUUCUCUCACACUGGGCCCUGAGCCAAAAUAACUGGGCUAAGACUUUGGUCCUAACCAAAUGAACGCUGGUGGGAGCCAGAGGCCAGGGGCUUUCCCAAUGAUUCCCGGUGCCCACGCUUCAAACUCCAUACAGAGAUAGGAUAUAUUAGAGAUAUUUUUGGAAAGGAAUUAAUUGGUCUAUGCAAUGCCAGUUUGGAAUCUUCUUGAAAGACAGUUUAAUGUUUCUAUUAGGAGUUGUAAAGAAAAUAAAGGUGUACAAUGUUUUUGAGUUCUUUCUGGUUACCACACACUGUGUUGCAUGGUCUGCCAGGAUGGAGGGUUCCCUUAUUUUCCUCCCUACAGGGAGGUGAUGGGGAAGGGGUGGUGUGCUGAUUUUUAGCCUCCCUCCUUUCUAACAGAAUGUUGUCACUGCUGCUCUCAGUCCAUGGGCUAUGUGUAUCUCUGUCCCAGCUUGUAGAAAAUAAUGUAACGGGAAAUCGGCCUAGUAUCAGUCUUUGGUUUGGGGGAAAAUUAAAUGUUGCAGUUUUUGUUUA